UAUCGAUAGGAGCUCUUAUACGUGAAAUAUAAUGUGUUUAAACAAUUGAAUAUUGUAAAGAAAAAUUGUUACGUUUAAAAUAGCUCUCAGUGCGGACAGGGAAAACUGAAAACUGAAGCCUGUCCAAUCGCAGAUGCGGACGGGUGCACACAUGCGUGAUCAGUGUCUGUGUAUGAGCUGUACACGCUGGCGUGCGCAUGUGUGGGGCGCAAAGGUGUGAAGCGGAGCGCGCCGCGGGGCGGAGGCGGCGUGCGCGCCCACUCGCGAUGCCGCGCAGAACCGUCGCGUACGCGGAGUGAUCGUUUUUCCCGCGAUGCUGUGAUUGUGCCAAAGAACGCCAAAGAUAGAGUGAUUGCCAUCGAGUGGUACGCGUAGAGAAGGUAAAUAUGGAGACAGUAACGUCGAUGGGACGCGUAGUCAGUGAAGAGCAAAGAGAGGAGGAACCGACGCAGGAAGCGUUACAACUAGUCAAAAAUGAGGAAAGAAUAGAACAGGAACAAGCUGUGGAUGCCUCCAACGGCGCGAGCGAGCAACCGGCAGUCGAAAUGCACUCCAACGCCGCCAGCCGAGACUCGUCUCCACACCCACACUCGCAGUCCGUGAUCACCUCGCGCCGCGCAGUGCGCACCAUCACCGCCGCCGGGCACAUCACCACCGAGACCGGGGAGCUCGGCAACGACGACGGGGUCAAAGAUGAGCCGCCAGAAACGUCCCAAAUGGAACACGAGCAGCACCAACUCCAGCAUUAUGCGCCCAAGUUAGAAGAAACAGACGGACGUGAAGCCCCACAACAACACUACGACGAGGAAAGGUUACGGUUAGCGGAAGCUGAAACGGCUCGAUAUCUAGCGUUCAAGCAAGAGCCUUAUAGAACGCUACCAUCUCCAGCGUCGGCGGACAAGCGCCUGCAGCCGCAAUACGCUCGCGCCCCGCAGCGGCCGCCCUACGGACGCGGGCUGGCGCUGCGCUACGGGGCGCCUCACCACGUCAUCGUUGCUCAGGAAGGUGAAGCGGAGGAGCACGGGCAUGAAGCCUUUUUAGCGCAUAAAGAUAAAACAGAACAAAUGCAAGUUUACGCAACGAGUGCCGAGGGGGCCAACGGCUCCGCAGACGGGCGGCAGUACGCGGCCGUAUUGAGCGAUCAGGCGGCUGCGUCCACCGCUUUGGAGAUGAUUCAGACGACGUCGCUCAGCAACCAACAGUCCGUGGGAGUGGCGUACCAGCAAGUGAAGUACGAGACGAGGGCAGAGGGCGAGCCGCGGCCCACGACGUACGCGAGCCUGCAGCCGGUGACGUCGGUGCACGGCGGCUACGCGUACGCCGGCCAGAGCCCGCAGUACGGCGGCGCGGGCUACGGCGCCUACGCGGGCGGCGGCAAGGAGCUGCUCACGCUGUACGGCGGCGCGCCGGGCCCGAGCGCGGCGCGCGGCGACGAGUCCCCGCCGGGCCAGCUCAUGUACCGCAGCGACCCCACGCUGUCGUCCUCCUCGCUGACCGCGCGGGGCGCGCACGUCGUGUACGGCUCCGUCGUGCCGCAGUCGCAGACCGUAUACGAAGCUCCGCCGAGUCCCAAUUCUCAGCAGGUGACGCUGUACACGCACGGCAACACGGUGCAGUACAAGGUGGGCGGCGAGCACUACCUGGGGCAGGGCGGCGGCGUGGAGUACGUGCCGGUGUCGGGCUACGAGAGCGGGCUGCUGGUGGAGAGCUACCCGGCGCCGGCGCAGGCCUGGCCCGCGCACAACCUGCUGCCCAUCGACGACGGGUUCGACCCCGCGAUGGCCGGCAUGGGCGAGGUGAAGGAGUGCGUGAACUGCGCCGCGGCCACGACGCCGCUGUGGCGGCGCGACGGCACCGGCCACUACCUGUGCAACGCCUGCGGGCUCUACACGCGCAUCAACGGCGUCAACCGCCCGCCGCUCAAGGGGCAGAAGGCCAAGCCGCAGCAGGCGCUGCAGUAUGUUUGGCAGCCGACGAACGGCAACCGGCGCGUGGGCGUGACGUGCGCCAACUGCCGCACCUCCAACACCACGCUGUGGCGCCGCAACAACAACGGCGAGCCCGUCUGCAACGCCUGCGGCCUCUACUACAAGCUGCACAACGUGAACCGGCCGCUGAGCAUGAAGAAGGACGGCAUCCAGACGCGCAAGCGCAAGCCCAAGAGCAUGGGCGGCGGGCACGGCGGCGCGGCGCGGCCCGGCGGCGCGCUCUCCGGUACGUGCUGGCCCGUGUGCGUGUAGCUCUAGUCCUGUGCCCGGCUCAUGCUUUGUGUGUCGCAGUGGAGGCGCCCCCGCACAAGGUGCUGCCUCCGCUGUACGCGGCGGUGGAGGCGGGCGCGGGCGCGGCGGGCGCGGCGGCCGCGGGCGCGCUGCUGCUGCUGCCCUCUGCGCGCCACCAAGCCGAUAUGUGAGUACAUACUCCGAGACGUGCUUGCCGUUCGCUGAAAUUUAUGCCUGUGUUUCAAGAUCGGUAUUCGUUUUUGAUCAAAACACACUGAUUCGAGUUCAAUCUUGAAAACAGCAGCACUAACCGUCUUGUUUUAAAAACACCAAGCACUGAAAUAACAUUGGGCUUCGUGCACCACGUCUUUGUACAACUGACGCCUGUCUUCAACUCUCUUCUGCUCUCGCACUCAAAGGUACUGCAUAUCGGCUUGCGACUAGAACUAGUCUGGUUUUGGUUGUGUGUUACUGAACCUGUGCUCGAACGUUCAUGUGCCAGUCUUACGCGUCGCAGUGUAUUUGCGCGUGUCUUAUGCUCGUUAUCUCAAGGUUUGCGUUGCGCUUACACUCGGCUGUUGUUUCACUUUCAGCUAUUUUUACAAUGUGUGCUCUGCGCUCACCUACUUAGUAGACCCGAACGCUGGUGUUGGUUAGUAAACUGUAAUCUGUCUCGAGCACCGUAGUUUCAGAAAUAUCAUAAUGUUAUGCUAGCUUCAUGCUUAUAAAUAAAUUAGUAAGCUAAAAUUUUUGUAAUAGGUACCAAUACUCAUACUUACCUACAUUAUAAAGAAAAUACAUUUAAUUUGCCAACAAGGCGUAGUACUUACUUAUCUAAUCAUAUUUUAUUUCUGUCAUUGGAACAAGAUUAUAUUUUUAAUUCUUGGCAUUUUAUUUCAAUAGGUUCACCACGAUAAUUAUGAUAUUGCCAUAAUUGUUCAUAGUUUACGAUAUAUUUUUCUUUUUGUUUUUAUUGGCAUUGCCUUGUAUUUUUCCAUUGAAAUACCUACUAGAUCGGAUCGAGACAGCUGAACCGAUUUCGCAACUGAUUAGGAUCUUAUCAGUCUUGUGACAUGUGCCGACGCCGACACGCAAUAUCCGUGGAUUUCAUCAAUUUUAUGUAUAAAAAUAAAAUCAUUCGUCAUAGGCAAUUCUUUUUUACUACUGCUUCAGUUACUGCUAAGCUCAUAAGUUUUUAUUUAAACAAAAUGCAAAGUUAAGUCAACAUACAAAAUAGAAUUAUUAAGAAUUUAGUUGGGCAAUCCAGAAGCGCGAUUUUAAUACAAUAUUUUCAAACGCCAGUAAACAUUACAAGGGCUGUCAAUACACUGGAAUCUAUUCAAUGAUUGCCAUACUUUUCAAUCAAAAGGCGUCCUCUGCUGGACUAAGACGUCAAUUAUAAAUUUCCACAGCGACCGGUCUUGUGCUGUCCGUAUUUACUAGUGGCAUUCCGCAGCUUUCACUAGGUACGCCAAAACGAAAACGCCCAGUUGGAUUUUUCACAUCUCAGACUCGCACAUCAAUAAUAUUUUGCCCCGGUGAGAAAAAGACGUAGAUCCGCGGCGUUCCCCGUGAAGCGUUCGAUAGCUAGACAUUAAAAAUGUCGAGUCAAAUGUCUCCAGAAACAAAUGAUAUAAUACAUCACAUGUUCAAUAUUGUGUAUUAUGUAACUUAAUUUCCAAUUGUGUUAAAUAGUAUAUGUUACAUCAACGAUUUCGUUUGAUUCAAAAAGUAUUUCGUAUUUUUUCACUCUAUAGUAUAUUGAGAGUGUAAUCAAUUCGAUAAGUUUAUUGCUUGUUUAAUGUAAAUGGAUAAAUAAUGUCAAUAGGUUUUAUGAAGUAUAUCAGUUUCCUAAAGCAUCGGUGUUGAUGUGUUCCGCAGGGUACCAGCGCUAGAGCGCGGCGCGCCGCACUACCGCCCGCCGUGACCGCCCGCGCAUCCUGUACAUACUAGUUUGUAAUCCACUCACAUUCAAGGUGGACCCAACCCUCUCGCAUUCUAUGAGCACUUAAUGAGAAAACGCAAUUGAAAAUUAUCAAGAGCAGAUUUUUGUCAAAAGAUACGACUGUGUACGAGUAAGUAUCGCACCAGAAGUAAAUUAUGACAAUGAGCAUUAGUUAUAGAUACUUUACAGCAAGACGAUGCUAGAGAUGUGGGUGUGGGCCUGCCUUUGUAAAUAUUGUGAAUUGUUGUGUAAAUUAAGAAAAUAGAACAAAAGCAGCUUUGAGCCAAAUAUAAAAUACAUACGAGUCUAAUAAUUUUGUACAGUAAUUUUAUCUGUUGUGUUCACUGUUGAACGUCAACUGACGCAUAGUUUACUUAAGUUAAUUCUCAAAUAGUGUAACAGCGUUCGAAUUACCGCUUAUUUUAUAAAGUUGUGCGUUUGCGCAGCGUUAGGUUAAAUAAAUGAAUAAAUCCAACAUACGUAUAUAGAGUUUAUGUUGUCGUCUCUGCAAUAAGGAGUUGCUUUCAACAUUUUGUAUUGAAAGGGAAAUACGUAUUUUAAUUGUACACGGAGCAACGUAUGGAUAAAUAAUGACGUAUUAUGAAAACAUAUUUGUACCUACCGAUAAAAAAUUUAAGCAUUCUUCUAACCCGUCUACAAUUAUUUAAUUAACUUUUUCUAGAACGCAUGACGUUUCCUACAGACGAGUUUAACUGUUAUUUAGCAACGAAUUUAUUAAUUACUAUUUACUUGUUUAAGAGUUGACAUAACUGCGUGUAAAUGUAAAGAGUUCCGAGUGUUUGCUAUAGGUCUGUAUUAUUUAUGAUUUGACAGAGUCACUGAUGUAAUGUGGAGUAAAGAAAAUUACUAUUUUUA